AUUGUUAUUCUUUUCAGAUACGUAAUUGCAAGGAUGUCUUAUUACGGCUCUUCUGAAGCCGCUCUUGGCAACACAUUUGAUGCUUCAUUUUCAGAGAAAAGUAUACGGCAUGCUUUCAUCAGAAAAGUAUAUGCCAUACUGAUGGUUCAACUGGCGAUUACGACAGCAUUCAUAUGUCUCUUUCUUUUCGAGCCUAGAGUCAAAGAAUAUUCUCAUCAGCAUCCUGAGAUGUUUUGGAUUGCAUUAGGUUUUACAUUUGUUUUGAUGAUUGUAUUAGCCUGUUGUGAAAAGGUUAGAAGGAGUUUUCCAGCUAAUUUCAUCUGUUUGUUUCUUUUUACAUUUUUUCAAUCAUUUUUAUUAGGCUCAGCAGCAAGUGACUUUACCACGUGUUCUGGUUUGAUCUUGGUUAGUGCCGUUAUAUUCUUGCUGUUUGGUAUAGUAGCUAUGAUCUUUCCGGGAAAGAUUAUGCAGCUGGUGUAUGCAUCAUUUGGAGCUAUUAUUUUUUCCUUUGUACGUAAAGAAAAAAUCACCUUCAUUUGUACUUUUAUUUUACAUUCCUAAAUACACUAUUUGUGA